AUGUCGCCAACUUUAAUUUCUGUUUUCCUUCUGGUACUUAUUGGUCUUCAUUCGUCUGUUUCUGCAGCAUCAUGUCCGGCUGGGACAAAAAUUUACAACUCAAAGUGCUAUGCUGCACUUGGUAUGGAUAUGACAAGAGAUAACGCUCUGGCUUACUGUAAGAAGACAUAUGGGUCAUACGCUAGACUUACUACACCUCUUACUUACGCUGAAAACAACUUUGUGACGGAACAAGUGCAGUUGCACGCUAACUGGCACACCUGGCUCGAAUUUGUCGCCGAUGGAACCUAUAUCGUCGGGGAUGAUGGCAGACCACCAGUCUACACUAAUUUCGCAGUCGGAGAACCAUUCAGUGUGAGUCUCGGUUACUGUAUCACUAUUGGAAUGAACGGAUACUGGUAUGCUCAACCAUGCACUGAUUCGCACAGUGCUCUUUGCGAGUUUGAUUUGGUGCCACCGACAGUGAAACCAACUAUUGCACCUACUCUUGCUCCAAGUGGAUACCCAAGCUGUGUGCAGAAGUAUUUGAACUUUGUCCCCUGCCUGUCCGGAUGGGACUACUACCCGCCGACUUGUUCGUGUUUCAAAAUUAUUACUAAUACUACCUACUAUAAUGCCAUGAAUGUCUGCAGAAGUAUUGGUGGAACUUUAGCUUCAGUUCAUAAUGCUGGAGAAGCCGCAUUUAUUACCAGACUCGGAGCACAAGCAAACUCAUACUGGACUCUCACAGCAACCGCUAGAGAUAACAUCAUCGUUGGACUCACUUACAAUUCCGAUCGCGGAAUCUUCCAAUGGGACGACUCCACAGUUUUCGACUACGCUCAAGGUUUUGCUCCAGCUGAGCCAGCUGAUUACACCAGUCAGGGACAGAUCGUUUUGAGUAACCCAAUGGGGUAUGCAACUUACAUGAGAAUGGGCAACUGUGCAUUCCAAACCUGUCGUUAUGCUGCAUGCAAACGAUAUGUAUACUAA